AGAAGGGGCCCAUUAAAUUAUUAUGAGAUGGGCGAUUUAAAUAUUAUGACAAUUCCCUGUACAAAUCCAUUCACAGAAUAAUUUUUAUUGGGCUUCAGAAGAGCCAAUUAAUCUCCAUACAUCACCGGUGAAGGAUGUAGUAUUGAUUUACCUCGUCGAUACUAAUUUAAUAUUGCAACAACGAGUGGGGACUGAUGUCUCAGCUUGUGAGUAAUACUCACAGAAUUCAAACGAUUGUUUUCGUUACAUCAAGAUUUGUCUUCAAUUUAUUUCCGUUAUCAUGUGGAAUUACAUUUUCAUUUCCGGAAUUAUUUUAUUGGUGUCGUUAUUGUAUCAUUAUAAUGUCUCGAAACCACUGAGUAUUAUUCAAUAUCCAGAAGAUCGUUACGACUAUAUUGUGGUUGGUGCAGGUACCGCAGGAUGUGUGAUGGCCUCACGACUGUCAGAAUUGCCAAACAAAAGUGUACUUUUAAUUGAAGCUGGAGGGUACUUCAAUUGGCUCUCAAAUAUACCAUUAGCUGCACCACUGAUGCAAGGGACUUCUGUCGAUUGGACUUAUAAAACGGAAUCACAGUAUUAUGCAUCGAGGGGUUUUGUAAAUCAUAGCUGAGAAUACGAUAAAACGAGGAAAACGAUUUAGCAGUUAUCAGGCUUAUCUCCAGCCUGCCUGGAACAGAAAAAAUCUUCACAUUUUACCGGACACGUUAGUCGUCAAAAUUUUAUUUGAAGACGAUAAAAAAACCGUCGAGGGUAUAAAAGUGAAACUCCAGGAUGGCACCCUGGGGACGAUUGCAGCGAAUGAUGAGGUGAUUUUGUGUGCUGGGGCUGUGAAUACACCACAUUUAAUGAUGGUAUCAGGAGUUGGGCCCUUUGAGGAGCUGAAACAAAAUCGAAUACCUGUAAUCAAGGCAAUUCCAGAAGUGGGAAAGAAUUUAUUUGAUCAUUUGAAUAUCCCGAUGUACGUGUCUCUGAAAAUUCCUGUGAGCAUUACACUGCGAAAAAUGCAGUCACUCGCUGAAAUAAUGAAAUAUUUAGUCUUCGAGUCCGGACUAUUAGCAACUAAUGGGGUUGUUGGUACAGCAUCCAGAGGGGACAGUGGAUUUAUACUUUUUGGAGUUGGCAGUCAAGACGAAAAAUUAUUGAACGUUUCGAAUUACGAUACGCAGGUAUUCAGAGCUGUUUUCCCCUCGUAUAAUAGCCCUGCCCAGGAGGGAGUUCUCGUUCUGGCGAAUUGUCUGCAACCCCAAUCUCGAGGAAACAUCACCCUGGGUGAAUGGCAUAAGAAAAUUAAGAAUCGUUGAUGCCAGUAUUUUACCCAAUCCAAUAUCCGGAACGCCGAAUUCCGUGAUAAUUGCGAUCGCUGAAAAAGCAGCGGAUGUGAUCCUCAACGUGCCAUUAAAAACAGUGAAAUAAACAUUACAAUACGUUAAAUAAUGAUUAAUAAUCGCAAUAAUUAAUAUUAAUUAGAAUUUUAUAUGGGAGAAUUGUAAAAUAAUAUU